GCACUCAACACUUUUCAGAUUUGUAUUUGUAAAUAAUUUUGGAAUCCAUAUAUUUCCCCCCACUUCCAAAUGGAGUAUUUUGUGUUGGUCCAUUACAUAAAAUCCCAGUGAAAUUAAUUUUAAUCUGUGGUUAUACCAUGACAAAAUGUAGAAAAGUCCAAGGGGGUGAAUACUUAUGCAAGGCAAUGUAUAUACUGUUUAUAUACAGUAUAGUGGUGUAACGGAUCACCCCUCCCGGUUCGGAUCACUUGUGAACCGCGGAUCAAUUGAGUAUUUCUUUUUUUUACAGUUUAUUCAUCUUGGUGUGUAAUACAUUUUUACUGCUGCUGUUCCUGUUCAAGUAACAGGUCCCUGAACAGUGUUUCCCCUAGCUUUACAGCUUUGGGGCGGCGGACACUGACACAAACACUUAAAGGAAUCAUGGUGUUGGAGCCAAAUAUGGUGUUGUAAAUACAACUGUAUUUCUUUGUGUGUACAUUGGGUGGCGCUGUAUUUAUGUCCUGGGCUCAGGUAUAUAGGUCCUGAAAUCGCCGUGGUUGUCAGGUGUUUGACCCCGGAAGGGCAAAGGGUUUUGACUAACGUUAAAACAUAAAGUGUGCAGCUUUUCUCACUGCAGUGCAUCUUUCUGAGCUUCUGGAAGAACAUCUCCUGUGUGUGUGUGUGUGUGUGUGUGUGUGAGUGUGAGAGAGAGAGAGAGAAAACACAAGGUAUAGACCUGUUCUAUAUGAAAAGUAACCUGAAAUGACUUCUGUUGUGAUCUGGUGCUAUAAAAUUAACUUGACCUUUAAGGGGGUCCCGGGCGCCCCCUGAUAUAAUGGUAGGGGAAACACUGCUGAAUAUCAAUGCAGAGCGUCAGUGAACAGAUAUAAAGCAGUAGUGUGUUCACGUGAACGGAGCAGCUUAAAAGCAUUUAACGGUGAAAGUCAUGGCGAGCGGAGGAGCUCGUCUUCAUCACGUCUAGAGGCCUAAAGGCACUGAGACGCUGCCGUGUGUGUUUAAUAUUAUCGGGUAUUAUUAGGGUUAACUUCAUUAACGUAUAAUAUACUAUUUGUAGAAACAGAUUUCAUCGGUGGCUCUUGUGUUGUGUAGCGUCUCCACGAGGGUGUCGUCAGAGAUCUGGAGCGACUGCAGAAGAAGAAGGAGAACCUCUGUCUGCUGGAGGAGCAGAAGACUCUAACCUCACAGCUGGAGGAGGAGAGACGACGCAGACAGACGGAGCUCUGCCCACAAGACCAGUGAGAGACGGGUAACCGCACAGACGGGUAACGCACCUGUUCACACUCGGAGGACCUUUACCUGGACCUGAAGACUUUUCUGUCCCGUCAGGAGAGUUAGGGUUAACUAAACUCACCCCAAAACCCAAUAAGACCCGGAGUUAAGAGUUCUGCUAUCGGUACUUUAGAAGUUCUGGAGUGAGACAUCCUUUCUCUGUCUCUGUCUUUGCUCGAUGGGCGAAGUCGUGCUUUACUCUAAGUUCAUGUCCACACGACUACGUUUCUGUUUUAAAACUCGCAUCUUCUGCUGCGUUUACAAUGAGCUGUUGUGCAGUUAAAUUCUACAUUUUAUAAUUGCACUCCUGUCUAUGAGGAGGAAGCAGUUGUUAUUUGAGCGAUUAGUGAGUUAUCAGCCCUACGGAGACGUCUGUAGUGACAGUUUGAGGACAAUGGACACAAAACGGAGGACUUUUCUUAUUGAUGCUUAUUUUGUUCUGCACAACUUUGGUGAAGUUCACACAUAAACUAUAAAGGAACAAAAGCAUAAAGAGACUUCAGACACCAGCAGAGAUAUGAGAGAGAAAACGGACAACAAGGAAACACGGAGGAAAGAGACGAGCUGAUCACCUUUAUUGAUCCUUAAUCUAGUAAACUGAUUUGUUAGUCACAAGUCCGUCUGUCUCUCUCUAAGUCUGAAAAAUAAAACUUUCCACUAAAUGUGUCUGAGUUUUUAGAGGAAUAUCUUAAGUAUAAAACACGACCUUUGAUUAUUAAAGACUACUUCAUUACUCUGUCAUAUUUUCUGUAACUAAGCAUCCGAUCUACUUCCUGUUUACACCGGCUCCAUCAUGCCCAGUGUACGUGAACAGUCACGUGAUGUUGGAGUACUGGUAUCCUAACUAACGUGUUUAUGAUGAAAGUAUUUGUUAGAGAACAGUGUAAUUCAAAAUGUUACUUCAGUAAAAGUACAAAACAAUUGGCCUCAAAAUCUAUUUAAAGCACCAAAAUUUAAGUCAUCAUGUAGAAUAAUAAUAUAUUUAUCAUUGUAUUAUAGUAAUUGAUGCAUAUAUGGAGCUCAUUUUAACUACUUCAUAUACUUAAUAAUUAGGCAAAAUACUACUUAAUAGUACAUCAUAGUUUUUUUUUUUUUUGUUAUGUUUAAGAAUCUGAGUCUGUAAAGUAGCCGAACUAGUAACGUUUAUUAUCAAAUGUAGUGGAGUUAAAAGUAAAAUACUUCUCUCUGAGAUGUAUUAAGUUACAUCAAAUUAAAAUACAAAAUUGUACUUAACUGCGAUACUUGAGUAAAUGGACUAGAUGCUGAAACAAGAGAGUUCUCUCCUCUGAUAUUUACUCUGACAGUUCAGAUGAAGAAAAUACAUUCGGUCUUCUCAGAGAAGCUGUUGAUGAUCCAGAACCGACUCACCUGAUGUUUACUUGUACAGGUGUGGAAGUGAUGGACAGCAGCAGCGAGCAGCUGGGCGGAGCUGAGGACGAGGCGCCCUCAGAGGGCCUGGAGGAGGGGGAGGUGGAGGGGGAGACUCUUCUGAUCGUAGAGUCUGAGGACCAAGGAUCAGUAGAUCUAUCACAUGACCAGAGUGGAGACUCUCUAACCAGCGACGUGGGCGAGGAGGCUGACGGAGGCUGUGAGGACAUGUCCUUCUACUGCGACCGCUGCCACAAGUGGGUUCCUGCAGCUCAGCUCAGAGGAGAGCAGCCCAGCUACCUGAAAGGAGACAACUUCUUCAAAUUCAUCUGCUUUGACUGCUCCGAGGACGGAAAGGAGAGCUUUGAGAGAAUGAGACUCACCUGGCAGCAGGUGGUGAUGUUGGCCAUGUACAACCUGUCUCUGGAGGGGACGGGCCGACAGGGCUACUUCAGGUGGAAAGAGGACAUCUGUGCUUUUAUUGGUCGACACUGGAACUUCCUGCUGGGAACAAGGAAGAAGACAUCGACGUGGUGGAGCACGGUGGCCGGCUGCCUGUCGGUCGGCAGUCCCACCUUCUUCCGGUCUGGAGCACAGGAGUUCGGCGAGCCGGGCUGGUGGAAGCUGGUCCAGAACAGACCUCCAACUCUGCGGCCGGAGACAGACAAGUCCACUAGCAAGGCUAAAGCAUCAAAACCUGCCAUGGACCCAAUCAUCACCGUAGAGGGCCUGAGGAAGCGAGGAGCCAGAAACCCAGUGGAGAACGCCAUCCAGCUGAAGGAGAAGCGUUGUCGUACACAAGAGGCCAAAGACAUCAGGCGGGCUCAGAAGGAGGCAGUGGGGGGCUACACGGAUCGCAGCGCCUGCUCCACGCCGGUCAAACUGGGAGGAGGAGGCCGCGGGGGGGGUGCCGGGCGCCGGGCCGACCUCGUCCUGGAGAAAGGUGAAGUCAUCGAUUUCUCCUCCCUCAGCUCAUCGGACCGAACGCCGCUCACCAGCCCGUCACCAUCGCCUUCGCCAGAUUUUUCUGCCCCGGGGACGCCGGCAUCUCACUCGGCAACACCCAGCCUGCUGUCAGAGGCGGACCUGAUCCCGGACGCCAUGCCUCCACAGGCUCUGUUCCACGAUGAUGAGGAGAUGGAGACGGAGGGAAUGAUCGACCCGGGGAUGGAGUACAUCCCUCCUCCUCGCGCCAACCUUAUCGCCCGUAAGAAGCUCCGGCCGGCGCCACCACACAUCAAACGUGAAGCCGACAGCGAGGACGAUGAAGGACUCGAGCACAACAACGACUUCGAGGAGCCGGUGGGGCGCGGCGAAGGUCCAUCUCUCUCCACUGGGGGAGGUCUGGAGCGGAGGAGGAUAACUCAUCCUGAGAAAGCAGAUGGAGCUGGCGGUGUCUCCCAGACUCCUCGCUUCACCUCCCUCAGCCUCUACGAGGAGAGGAUGCUGCUCCGACGGCUGGACGCCUGCCCGCUGGCCUUGGCCGUCACACCGCAGGCCAAACGCCUCCACAGGAAGCUGCUGGUCCGUCAGGCCAAGAGGCAGAGAGGGCUCCCCCUGCUGGACGUUGACCGGGCGGUCAGCGCCACCCUCAGCCUGGUGGGAGGGAUCUACGGCGCCCAGGUGACGGGGACACUGGUGCAGGGUGGAGUCAUGGGGAAAUACUGCACCACCAGCCAGGAGCUGCGUAUCCUUGAUCGCUUCCAGACCAACCUUUCUAGCAGAAGAGGCAUCGAUCAGCAUUCUGUGUCUUUCUGGCGCCGAUUGAUGGGAGCAGAGACCAGUUCGGACCAGAGCAUCAAGAGUCCAUACACCUCUCGCAUCCUGAAACCGUACAUCAGGAGGGAUUUUGAGAGUCGUCCAGUGAAGCUGAGGUUGUUGGAUGAGAUCAGAGCUUACCCUCACAGAAAGGACCCUGACUGGACCCCUGAACCCAACGCCUCCAUUGAUUACUGCUAUGUCCGCCCAAACCACAUCCCCUCGGUUAACGCCAUGUGUCAUGACAACUUUUGGCCAGGUGUUGACCUGUCGGAGUGCCUGCAGUACCCGGACUUCAGCGUGGUCGUCCUCUAUAAGAAAGUCGUGGUCGGCUUUGGCUUCAUGGUUCCUGACGUGAAGUAUAACGAGGCCUAUAUCUCCUUCCUGCUGGUCCAUCCUGAGUGGAGGAGAGCCGGCAUCGGCACCUUCAUGAUCUACCAUCUCAUCCAGACGUGCAUGGGGAAAGACGUGACUCUGCACGUGUCGGCCAGUAACCCCGCCAUGCUGCUUUAUCAGAAGUUUGGUUUUAAGGCGGAGGAGUACAUCCUGGACUUCUACGAUAAAUACUAUCCUGUGGACAGCACAGAGUGCCGCCACGCCUUCUUCCUCCGACUGAGACGCUGAGUUCACCUGAUAGUUGGAGACGGCUCUUCUCCUUUUGGUGGACCACGACCAGUCUGCAGCACAAUGCCUGGCUCAAAGGCACCUGGACAGUAGCUGCUGAAGAGGGCGGCAGGUUUUCAGUCUCAGAAAACACUGAAAAAAAAUCUAAUUUAACUGUAUUUUUGUUAUUAAAAACGUGAGAUUUGUGACUUUUGGUGAAAUAUACAAUUCACUUUUGUCUCGUGCUUCAGUUUUUUUUUUUUUUUCCAUUAAAACAAAAUGAAUUCAAUUGA